AUGAUAAAUAUUAAACUAUUAUUUAUUACUUGUAUAUUGGCGGUUUGUGUCGUACGAGCUGAUUUGGAUGCUUCCGAUAUCAAGUUGAUUUUGGAUACCCAUGCCACUUGGAGAUCAAGUCCUUCACCUCAACCAGCAAAGACUCUACCCGUGCUAGUAUGGAAUCAAACUAUUGCCGAUGCUCUGUUGGCACACGUUUCACCGGUUUGUAACACCUCCUUAAGUCCUGGUAGUCUCUUUGGUAUCUAUAGCGAGUGGAGAAGUACAAGUACUCUAGGUUUUAGUUUAAAGAAUACCUUGAAAUCUGUUAAAUCUCAAGAGACUAACUACGAUUGGAAAUUACAUACUUGUAAAUCAAAGAAAACUUGUCAAUCUUGGUUAAUUGCAAUGUCUGAGAUUAGUAAGAGUGUUGGUUGUGUUAAAGAAGGAUGUGGUGCAUUUAAGACAACAUUUAUCUGUGGUUACUAUCCAUUUGGUGGAUACGUAGGUUUAGAUCCAUAUAAACUACCUUCAACUACUCCAACAACUAAACCAACUCAAACUCCUACUCAAACUCCUACUCAAACUCCUACUCAAACUCCUACUCAAACUCCUACUCAAACUCCUACUCAGACUCCAACUCAAACUCCAACUCAAACACCUACACAAACACCUACACAAACACCUCCUCCAACACCUACUCCAAUAAAAAAUCCAAAUGAUACCGAUUGGAGAACAAAGAACGUAAUGACACCAGUUAAGAGGCAGGCUUCCUGUGGUAGCUGUUGGAGCUUCGGAGCAACUGGAGUAAUUGAAGCCAAAUACUUGAUAAAGAAUGGAGGUGAUCCACUUUCACCAUCAAUCGAUCUAUCAGAACAACAAUCAGUACAAUGUCUUGAGAAUAAAUGUGAAUCUGGUUGGCCAACGAGAGUAAUGAGUGAGUUUAUGAAUGUUGGUCUUGUUAAUGAGACAACUGCACCCUAUACUCAAUCGAAUGGUACAUGUACUCAAUUCCCAAAUGCUGUUUCCAUCAAAUGGAACUCAUGGUACACUAUCAAACCAAACAAAGCCGCUAUCAUUCAAGAGCUAAAGAAUGGUCCAGUCACUGUCAGUCUUAAUGCUGGUGAUCCUCAAUUCAGAAGUUAUGUGUCCGGUGUAUUCUCAUGUCCUCAAGUACACAAUGGUACAACACAUAUCAUGGUGGUAACUGGAUAUAACACCGAAGGUGACUAUUGGAUUCUUCGAAAUUGUUGGGGUGCCAAGUGGGGUAUAGCGGGUUAUAUGUACUUGACGGCCGCAAACGAUAACUGCUUCAUGUUAUACAAGAGUCCUGGAACUGUUUCAUUCGCUUGA